AUGCAAUCCGGUCAUGAGGCUCACGGAGGCCUUGCUGGCUUCGAGUAUCAGGGAUCGUAUAUAUAUAAACCCGCGAAGAAAGGCAGCGGUGUCAAUGGAGCCUCAAACAAGAGACGCAAGUUGAAUCAUGUAUCCAGCAACCGAAACUUAGGGAGCAGUAUCUCCCCGUUCGUACCACUUCUGAAUGGACACGAAGCCAAAGAGUCCGUCAAGUUACGAUAUGAACUAUUUCAAGAUCUCUGGUCCCGGAAAGAGCGUAAAAUCCAGGACAUUCUCCGCAAGGUUGACUCGGAAGUUCUAAGGAGUAUAGCAACAUUUAUCGAAGAAUCUUCGAGAGAGACUUACAACGGGCGGAUUCCUACUGGGAUGAUUUCGGUAGGAUCAAAUAUAUCAUCAACCGGCGGGCUCUUAGAACGCCUACGAAAGGAGCUACAUACGUCAGGAAAUGCAUGCCUGAUUACGCUAGACUCUGGGGAUACUUCUAAUAUCAAAAAUGCCUUGAAAAUGAUCAUCAAGGCUGCCAUCACUAGUAUGGAAGAUAUUGAUCAAUACCGCGACUACCUAACCUCAAAAAUGGGGCCGAAGCUAUUACCAUACGACCUCGACUUGCUGUUGUCUUGUGUUAGGAAAAAUGGCGUGGAGAAGGUUGUCAUCGCGUUCAAGGACAGCGAGGCAUUCGAUAGCACUGUCCUGGCGGACUUAAUCACACUUCUAUGGUCGUGGCUGGACCGAAUACCCUUUGUGUUUCUCUUUGGCGUAGCCACCUCUGUCACCUAUCUAGAGUCGAGGCUCCCACGUUCCGCUGUUAAGUUGUUGCAAGGCCGCCUUUUUGAUUUUCAAGACUUUGGGGACUCGAUAGACCGCAUUUUUAUAGCUCUCCAGACCCAAGAUGAUGCGUGCCUCUGGGCUGGACACGGCGUGAGCCACAUCUUAAUGGACAAGUCAGGGGAUUGUUUCCAAUCCCCUGAGAGGUUUGGCAGUGUCCUCAAGUAUACUCAUAUGGCUCACUUCUUCGCAAACCCACUUUCGGUCCUACUUGCUGGGAAAGGCAAGCUCAAGCAGCUCCAGCCUGAAUUAUGUGAAGCAAUUCGGAAUACCCCUUCGUUUCGGAAACAUGUGCAACGCUUAUUGGAUACUAAAGACAUCGAACCUGCAGAAGGCAUGAUGAACGACGACGCAACUCUUACAAAACACGUUUACCUAGGCAUUGCAACUGCCCAGCAAAAGAUGCGAGAGGUGUUUAGUUGCAUUGAAUGGCUAGUAGCAUUGUCUCAGAAUAUUAAGGCACUAAAAGCUGCAAAUCACUCUGCGUGUAUUAUUCUUGCGCUUAAGGGAGAGCUUCUCGAGUCCAAGGUCUUAGUUGAUACACUCGAUGCUGCUAAGAAACUGAAUUCAGUUGACCUUGGAGUUGCAUUUGGGCCCAUGUCCACACCCUCAGCCGAGUCGGAUGCCAUACUCGACGAGAUUCGAGAGCUUAUACGCACAAAGAAAACUAAAGGAGCUUUACGAUCCCAAUAUGAUGCACAGCUUACAAAACACAACACUACGAUCGUGGGCCAAAGGGUGAAGCUGACAAAGGGGAAAGCAAAGUUGUCAAAUGAAGAUUUGAAAUACAGUGAUCUGAUUGACCGUCUGUUUGAUUCAUUACAGAGCUGCCUCGCCGAGAAGCUGAUAACACCCACAAACUUAUUUCUCCAUGAAUGCCUGAUAUAUGACUUUAAGUCGCCUAUUAGAUAUACCUUUACACCCAGAUGUCGGCAUACAGUUGAGCAAGCAUUGUCAACCCCGUUUGACUAUUUGGAUUCAAAGGAGAACGGAGAGAUAGGGGCACUCUCUGCCAGCCAACCGCCUAUUUCAAUUCUCUACCAACUUUAUCUCGAAUCUGGCGCUGUGGCCAACGUUUAUGAUUUAUGGAGAGCAUUCUACAUGAUUGUUGGCGGAGAAGACGAGGAGAAGUGUGAUGAGCGUGUGGCAUUUUCCAUAUUUUACCAGUCUCUCGCAGAGUUAAAGAUGAUGGGAAUGAUAAGAACAAGUAGGAAAAAGACGGAUCAUUUGGCAAAGUCGGCGUGGAUAGGCCUGUAA